AUUUUUCUCUAUUUAUACCCUACCUUUCCACAACUUCUACACCAAACUCUCUCUUUCUCCUCUGCUUCGUCUCUCUAUCCUUUCCCCUUGUUUUCAGACACCACAAAACCAAAUUUAAAAGAAAAAAACAAUGGAGGUAGGAAAAUUUGAUCCUACUCACAAUGUGAACUUUGCAAAGCCAAGAAAUUUUGGUGAGAAACUAAAAACAGAUCUUACAGAGACAUUUUUCCCAGAUGAUCCUUUUAAAGGAUUUAGUGAUGAAACUCCAAAAAAGAGAUUAUUGAAAGGGAUUAAAUAUUUUAUUCCAAUUUUUGAUUGGCUUCCUUCAUAUAAUUUUAGUCUUUUUAGGUAUGAUUUUCUUGCUGGUAUUACCAUUGCUAGUCUUGCUAUUCCUCAAGGUAUCAGUUAUGCCAACCUUGCCAAAAUUCCUCCUGUUAUUGGCCUGUAUUCAAGUUUUGUUCCACCAUUUAUAUAUGCCGUAUUUGGUAGUUCAAAGAACUUGGCUGUGGGAACAGUGGCGGCUUGCUCUUUACUUAUUGCAAACACUAUUGGAGAAACAGUGUCACCAACAGAUAAUCCAACUUUGUACCUCAACUUGGUCUUCACGGCUACUUUUAUUUGUGGUAUCAUUGAAACUGCUUUGGGUGUUUUAAGGUUGGGAAUUCUGGUGGAUUUCUUAUCACAUUCAACAAUAACAGGAUUUAUGGGAGGAACAGCAGUGAUAAUAAUUCUUCAACAGUUGAAGGGAUUUUUGGGAUUAAAGCAUUUUACUACUAAGACAGAUGUACUCUCUGUAGUGAAAACCUUACUCAGCCACAAAGAUGAGUGGCAUUGGCAGAGUGCAGUUGUUGGCUUCAUUUUCCUUGCUUUCCUACAGUUCACUAGAUACGUGAAAAAUAAAAGGCCAAAGCUAUUUUGGAUUUCAGCCAUGGCUCCUCUAGUGGUUGUUAUAACUGGCGGUCUUUUCGCUUAUUUAGCUCAUGCCGAGAAAUUUGGUAUUCAAAUUGUUGGACAUUUGAACAGAGGAAUAAAUCCAUCUUCGGUUAACAGAUUAAACUUUGAUCCAAAGUACAUUGCUGCACCAAUCAAAGCCGGUAUCCUAACAGCUGUUUUAGCUCUUGCUGAAGGAAUAGCCAUUGGUAGGAGCUUUGCCAUAAUGAAGAACCAACAAACUGACGGCAACAAGGAGAUGAUUGCUUUCGGCAUCAUGAACAUUGUUGGUUCUUUCACUUCUUGCUACUUGACUACAGGACCAUUUUCGAAGACGGCAGUAAACUUCAAUGCAGGAUGCAGAACACAAAUGUCGAACGUGGUGAUGGCCAUAAUAAUGAUGCUGACAUUGUUAUUCUUAGCACCAUUGUUUAGUUAUACUCCAAUGGUUGCCUUAUCUGCCAUUAUAAUGUCCGCCAUGUUCGGUCUUAUUGAGUAUGACAAAGCCAUUCAUCUGUUCAAAGUUGAUAAGUUUGACUUCUGCAUUUGCAUGCUUGCUUUCUUUGGAGUUACCUUCAUUAGCAUGGAUAUUGGCCUUGGACUCUCAAUUGGAUUAGGAAUCAUAAGAGCACUACUAUACACAGCAAGACCAAGAACUUGUAAGUUAGGGAAUAUUCCCAACACAAAUCUUUACAGGGACAUAGAGCAAUAUCCUGAUGCACAAUGGACAGCAGAGAUCUUAAUUCUUCAACUUGGCUCCCCAAUUUUGUACUCAAACAGUACAUAUGUUAGAGAAAGAAUUUUAAGAUGGGUCAGAGAUGAAGAAUCUAACAAAGAUAAUCAAGGAGAUUCAGUAGAGCACCUUAUUUUGGAAUUGGGAGGAGUGACAACUAUUGAUAUGACUGGAAUUGAGGCGUUGUACGAAUUGAAAAGACUUGUAGAAGCAAAAGAUAUUAAGUUAUCAUUGGUAAACCCAAGGAUUGAAGUCAUGGAGAAGUUGAUAACUUCCAAGUUUAUUGACGUUAUUGGCAAAGAAUCUGUAUUUUUAUCAAUUGAUGAUGCAGUUGAGUCAUGCAGAUUUAGAUUGGAUGGCCCAAAUAAAUGUAAUGGGCAGGAACUUGCAUAAAGUCUGCUCUUUUUUGGUCAAAAGAAGAUAUAAAUUGUAGAAAGCCUUUAUGUAAAAUGCAAUAUGGGCAUUUCGAGCUUGUAAUUAUAAGAGGCCCAAUUUAUUUAGUCGGGCCUAAAUGAAGGAAUCACACCAACUUCCCUUAGAAAACAUGUAAAGGGGGGAUAGGGCAGAAAAGAGAGGUUACUUUCUAUGUAGUAUUAUUUUUCGAAGGCAUAUGGAUGAUUUCAUUUUUUUUGUUGCAAUACUUUUCGUUUUAUCUUUAGAAAAAUUACAAUAAAAAAUAUAACAUUCUGUUUAUUUUUUUAAA